AUGAGCUGCGCAGACGACCUAACAGUAGACGACCUCACGACGUCGGUCGCGACCGACGUGCUGGAGCGCGUGUCGGCCGGCGAGGGCGCCAACGCCAACCUGUGGGCGUUUAUCGACCGGGACAAUGUCGUUGGCUUGAAUCUCGUCGAGCCGGGCAACGCGCCCAAGGUCAUCAAGACUUGGGACGAUAGGUUGGACGAGGAGGAGUUUGUCGAGAGCGGGGUUGACGACGAGAUGAUCCUCCACAUCCCGUUCACCGCCAGCGUGCGCCUGCGCACCCUCCUCCUCCAUCUCCCAGGCCAAGGCCACCCCCACCGGCCAGGAAGACUACGCCUGUACGCCAACCUGCCCAACGCGCCGGACUUUGCCGACCUCGAGGCCCUCACGCCGAUCAUGGACCUCGACGUUAGCGAGCCGCCCCUGCAGCGGCGUGAUGGGGCCGGCAGGCGCGAGGUCGACGAGUGGAGCUUGAAGGUGCAGCGCAUGGCGAGUGUGUUCAGCGUCACACUGUUGUUUUCCGAGGCCAACACUUCCGCGCGAUCAACCGUCUUCUACGUCGGGUUCAAGGGCGACGCCAAGCAGCUCUCAAUGGACAUGAGCAAGCUCGGGCAGAUCCCCGCCGCCAACGCGGCCGACAAGCCCGUCGACGGCGUCGCGGAAAAGAAGGGCAACUACACGACUAUCCGGUAG